AUGGCCGAUCACUUGGGGCUGAUUGAUGAUUGGCAUAAUUUUUUCAAUGGGAAGGCUGAGGAGAUCUCAGGAAAUCUAGCCGAGCCGGUGGCUGCUGAUCAAGCAAGUGCUUCCUGUGUGAAGUCUGUGCUAGAGGGCUGUGUAUCGCUCUUCGAAGAAUCAUUCAGGAGGAUGGAGGAUGAGUUGGAGUUGCUGAGGCGAAUCAUCUACAGGCACAAGAGUCAGAUGAGGAACAGCCUGCACCUUCGCAACCUAAGUCAGAUGAGGAAGGCUUGUGAACGGCUCAUUUCAGGGGGUCUCCGGCAGUUGCUCAAUCAAGCGAUCGACGUGGUGUCGCUGGAUGCUCCUUGCAAGUCCCCGUCAACGGAGCUGAUCGAGUACAUGAUGGCUAGAAGCGUGUCGAACGGCGUCUUGAGUCUACGGUUGGUGGCGCGCGCAGAGAUGUCAUUCUUGUCCUGCGAGGAGCUCAUCAAGAAUGCUCUCUUCAUGCCUUUCGCCAUCGCAUGCUACGCCAUCUCUGCUCGCAUCCGCUACCUGGCAAAGGAUAUCAGCUCGAACCUUGUCGAGGCUCAUCUUCGUCUAAGUGUAUUGACAAGUCGCGUCCGCAAACACCCGAAGUUCAGUGGGAAGACUGUGAAUGAGAUUAUGGAGGCUCUUGGUGGAUCGAGGUGGCCCACCAAGUAUGAGGACCAGCUCAACCAGCUGCUGGAGCUCCUGAAUGAACGCCAGGUUCGGGAUGUCAAAGUUCUGUCCGAGGCGAACGAGAAAGAUAUUCUGGCGGCUGGUGAGAGCAAGGGUAGAGAAGGAUCGGUGGAAGAGAUGUCGGACAACGACGAGGGAGUCGCUAUUGAAUUCAGCGCAGCUGUAGAACAUACCACAGCGAAAGGGAAAGAAAGCAAGCCGAAGCCAGAUAAGGUAGCGACUUCGAAGGAUGUUGCGUCGGAUAUGAAGAAAAAGAGGAAGAGAGAGAUGGAACAGCCCAAAAUCACACCUGAGAGUGUCGGGAAGAAAGCAAAGGCGAAAGAUUUUGGUGGGGAACAAAAGAAGCGAGAGCCGCUUGAAUCGCAAAAGAAGAAUCAGCCUGCUGAGAAGAAGAAUAUGUUGGAUUCUUUGAUGCCUGUUCGUGACACGGACGAGGCGCCGACGGAGGGGAAAUGUAAUCGUGAUUCUCCAGCUAAAGGAAAAUCUGCAGAAAAAUCGUCAGUGCAGGGAAAGCUCAAAGAAAAACCGCAAGACAAAGUAAAGACUGGAAGCAGCGGAACGAGCAAGAAGGUCGUGAGCGCCUCAAGCGCAUGGCAGCUGAUGAAACAAAAUUCUUCUGUUGCCACUCUGACUAAGAUCAACAAGGUUGAAGGAGGCAAGAGCAAGGUUGCAGAGAAGGUCGAGAAACCAAAAGGUUUCAAGUCUCCCUCGCAAGCAGAUGUCGCCAAAUCUGCUCAAGCCAAGAAGCCCAAAGGGGGUGGAGGUGGAAUCUUUGAUUCUCUCAUGCCAAAGUCAGAAUGGGAGUGA